AUGGCGCUGUGGGCUGACAAGUACCAGCCCAAGGCGCUGGACAAAUUUGUCCUGAACAAGGGCAUAUCAGACAACCUGAAGAAGCUGGUGGCGACGGGGGACUGCCCACAUACAUUGUUCUAUGGCCCACCUGGUGCCGGCAAGCGCACACUGGUGAUGGCGCUGCUGCGGGAGAUCUACGGUCCGGGGGCGGAGAAGAUCCGCGUGGAAACCAAGCCCUGGGUGCUGGAGCUGCCCAGCCGCAAGCUGGAGCUGGAGCUCACCACGGUCAGCAGCAACUACCACGUGGAGCUGUCACCGGGUGACGUGGGGGGCACCAACGACCGCUACGUGGUGCAGGAGGUCAUAAAGGACCUCGCCAAGAACCGGCCCCUGGAUGUGGCCACGGGCCACAAGGGCUUCAAGGUGCUGGUGCUGAACGAGGUGGACCGCCUCAGCCGCGAGGCCCAGCAGUCUUUGCGCCGCACAAUGGAGAAGUACAGCGCGGGCUGCCGCCUCGUGAUGGACCCUGUUCGCAGCCGCUGCCUGUGCGUGCGCGUGGCGGCGCCCUCCAACGACGUCGUGCAGGAGCAGCUGUUUGCAGUGGCCAAGAAAGAGGGGCUGCAGCUGCCCGCGCCGCUGGCCGCGCGCAUUGCGGCGAGCAGCCUGCGGGACCUGCGACGAGCGCUGCUCACACUCGAGGUGUGCCGCGUACAGCAGUACCCCUUCCGCGAGGACCAGGCAGUGGCGCCGGCAGACUGGGAGGCGUACGUCGCGGAGGUGGCGGGCGACAUCCUGCAGGAGCAGAGCGCCAAGAGGCUCUACCAGGCGCGCUGCAGCCUGCUGGGCCAUCAAGUUCGUGGCAAGCUGUACGAGCUGCUGGCCAACUGCAUCCCCCCAGAGCUGCUGCUGCGAGCGCUGCUGCUGGAGCUGCUCAAGAAGCUGGACGACGAGAUCAAGCCUGACGUGGCGGCGCUGGCAGCUCAGUACGAGCACCGGCUGCAGGAGGGCCAGAAGGCCAUCUUCCACCUGGAGGCCUUCGUGGCGCAGUUCAUGUCGCGGUACAAAAACUGGCAGCUGACAGCCUUCGGCUGA